GUGACUCGAAGAGCCUGAACGGAGCAGCAGACUGGGUAACUUUGCUACUACUAGUCUCGAAGGGCGCAUUCUGCCUUGCCCAAAAAACAGAAGUGGCUGCAUUGUCUGGCGAAUUUCAAAGUGGGCCCAUGGCUGCUCCUCAACUGGAAACCACACAUGCCUGUCUGCCAGGCACAGAAAGAGGUCGGGGCAUCCUCAUUGCGGGAGACGUGAAGACAGGGCGCUUUGCUUACACAAAUGGCAGAUCAGUUGUCUUGCGGAGCUUGGAAAACCCACUAGAAUGCACCAUUUACAGUGAGCACGCUUACGCAACCACAGUGGCAAGAUUCAGUCCAAAUGGCGAAUGGGUGGCCUCAGCAGAUAUUUCGGGACAGGUCCGUGUCUGGGCUGUCCAUGGCCCUGAGCACCGCUUGAAGUACGAGCUGAGGGCCCUGGGGGGCAGUGUGGACGACCUUCAGUGGUCGGCAGACGGCCAGCGGAUUGUGGUGUGCGGCGAUGCAAAGGGUGCCACAUUCGUGCGCGCUUUCACGUGGGACGCUGGGGGCAACCUGGGCGAGUUUGAGGGCCACUCCAAGCGAGUCCUGAGCUGUAGCUUCAAGCCCUCCCGGCCCUUCCGGAUUGCUUCAUGCGGGGAGGAUUUCGUGGUGAAUUACUACGAGGGGCCGCCGUUCAAGUUCAAAACUUCCCACAGGGAGCAUUCCAACUUUGUCAACUGCGUGAGGUACUCUCCGGAUGGAACGAAGUUCAUCACAGUGUCCUCAGACCAGAAGGGCUUCGUCUACGAUGGGGCGACAGGCGAGAAGAAGGGCGAGCUGAAGAAGGAGAACGGCCACAAGGGCAGCAUCUACGCACUCAGCUGGAGCCCAGACAGUAAGAAGAUUCUGACGGUAUCAGCUGACAAGACGGCCAAGAUCUGGAGCAUUGCGGAUGAUGGAAGCACGGGAGAAGUGGAGACUACGUUCUCGUUUGCAGCCAAGCCCACCGUGGAGGAUAUGCAGGUCGGUUGCCUCUGGCUUAACGAGCGCCUGCUCACCGUCUCCCUCAGCGGCGCCAUCAACUAUCUAGACCCCGCCCACCCGCAGCAGCCCGCGCGCGUCAUCUCCGGCCACGUCAAGUACGUCACCGCGCUUGCCGUCGUCCCCGCCAAGCACGGCCCAGCACGGGAGGCUUUCUCCGGGAGCUACGACGGGAGCGUGCAGCGAUGGGACCUCGAGCGGGGGUGCCUUGGGAAGGUUCAGGGCAAAGGUCACACCAACGGCAUCGUUGCUCUCGCGGUGUCUCCUACGUCCCAAGAACUGCUCUCCGUAGGUCUCGACGACACGUUCCGACGGACUCCGCUCCCAGCCGAGCAGUACGCAGAAGCGCCCGGGCCAGUCCCUCUGGGCGGCCAACCGAGCGAUCUGGACGUGGCCGGAGACCUAGCAAUCGUCGCAACUGCGAACGGCAUCGUGUUGCUCCGAGAUGGAAAGUUAGUUUCCACAACGAAAGUCGGCUACAACGCGACCGCCGCAGGGCUGGCGCCGGACGGGAAGGAGGCCGCUGUUGGGGGUUCGGACGGGAAGGUGCGCGUGUACAGAGUGUCCGGAGAUUCUCUCGAAGAGGAGGCGGUUCUCGAGCGGCACCGGGGUCCCAUCAUGGCCGUGCGCUACUCACCGGACGGGGCCUGGAUUGCGACGGCGGACCAGAACCGAGAAGCUGUCGUGUGGCACCGGGUCACGAGAGAGGUGAAGCUGAAGGACAUGCUGUACCACACGGCGCGCAUCAGCAGCAUCGCGUGGUCCCCCGACAGCACGCGGCUCGCCACCGGUUCCCUGGACACCAACCUGCUCGUGUGGGACGUCAACAAGCCGGCCUCCGCGCGGCAGUCCAUCAAGGGCGCUCACCCGGGCGGCGUCACGGCGGUCGCGUGGCUGAGCAACACGCUCCUUCUUUCUGCUGGAGACGAUGCGUGCUUGCGGAAAUGGACCAUACCUCAAGUCUGACAAGCUGCUGGCGCCCAGCACAACCCAGCUGCUUCUUCUCUGCACAUGGUACCUGCGCACUUAGUUGGCUGCCUUAUUCAGUUGUUGGCAGUUGUUGGCAUUACACAAUCAAAAGGAGCUUUCUGAGAACCUCCUUGCACACUCUUGAGCGCACAAGUUGGAAACGUCAUAAGGCGGGUGUCUGGUCGCCUUUCAAUUCCCGUCAAGUUGAUGCAGGUGCGGCAGAGGGCUUGUUUUGCCUAAAAGAGGUGAUUCCUAAUCAAGAAAUGAAAUGGCUUUGUCAAACGGAUAUAGGAUCCCAAACUUUCAAUCUGCUCACACAUCUAUGCA